UGGUCACCCUGAUGUAUCACUGAUAUUCUACCAGCAGACUCUUUGUUUGACAUUUUUUUUUUAGAUUUUUCUGUUUACUCUUAAAUUUUUCAAUGAGAAUUUUUUCUAAAAACAAAAGUAAAAAAAAAAAAAAACCUAUUAAGUAAUUAAUUAAGUAUAAUUAAAAAUAUAAAGUCGAACCCAUAGAAAGAGGGAAAAAGAAAAUUGUGGCGACUCGUCGGAGCGGGGACCAUCGUAGGCUUUGGGUUUUGGCGAUAGAGAAACGAAGCCAAUCCAGAGCCUCACAACUAUGGUGGUUUGACCCCAUUCCCAAUUCCCAAUUUCCACCCAUAAUAUCUCACCCACCUUCCACCCUUGCACGGCACUACCCUCCUCCAUCUCUAACCCUAUCUCGGACCGAUUCGAUUCAAAUCGACGACGAAGACGAAAACCGAGAAUUGAGUUAAUUGCUCUCUACUUCUCGUCCAAAUCCUUCUGGCCAUGCGACGCUGGUUGGCUGCUUGGAUCUUCCUCUCCAAAGAGGGUUUCUUUGAGUUCUUCGCCCAAAACUCGGACUGUUCUUUGCGUAUUCGUUCACAAUUCGACCAUGGCUGCAGACGCUCAUACUCUUACUCCUAAGAGUGUUCUGUGCAAUGCCGGGGCUGGUGCCGCUGCUGGGGUUAUUGCCGCAACGUUUGUGUGCCCCUUAGAUGUUAUCAAGACUAGGCUUCAAGUUCAUGGGUUGCAGACCAUCGGUAACGGAAAUGGAAAUAUUAAAGGUGGUCUUAUAGUUGGAAGUUUGGAGCAAAUUUUUCAAAAGGAGGGGUUACGUGGCAUGUAUCGUGGUCUUUCUCCAACUGUGCUGGCAUUACUUCCUAACUGGGCUGUAUAUUUUACAAUAUAUGAGCAGUUUAAAAGCGUACUCUGCUCUCAGGACGGUCAUCAUCAACUUUCUGUUGGUGCUAAUGUAUUAGCUGCUUCUGGUGCUGGAGCUGCAACAACUAUUUUUACAAAUCCUCUCUGGGUUGUGAAGACAAGACUUCAGACUCAAGGAAUGAGACCGGGUGUGGUACCAUACCGGAGCACCUUUUCUGCUCUGAGGAGAAUAGCUCACGAGGAAGGCAUCCGUGGGUUGUACAGUGGUUUAGUUCCUGCUUUGGCUGGUAUUAGUCAUGUUGCCAUCCAAUUUCCAGCAUAUGAAAGAAUAAAACUCUAUUUGGCUGAACGAGAGAACACUACCAUGGACAAACUUGGUGCACGUGAUGUUGCCAUAGCCUCGUCCAUUUCCAAAAUAUUUGCUUCCACUUUGACAUAUCCACAUGAGGUAGUGCGCUCAAGGCUUCAAGAACAAGGUCAUCACUCUGAGAAGCGAUAUUCUGGUGUAAUCGAUUGCGUGAAAAAAGUAUUUCAUCAAGAUGGCAUCCCUGGAUUUUACAGAGGAUGCGCAACCAAUCUUGUGAGAACUACUCCAGCUGCUGUAAUUACAUUCACUAGCUUUGAAAUGAUUCAUCGAUUCCUUGUCACAUUAUUCCCUCCAGAACCUCACACAUUGUGAGAAUGGAAGAAGAACAUGCUGACAUGAUGAGAUACUAGCUUGUAAAGCAACUAGGAACUGCAUUCGAGUCAGUUGGGCCAGCCAAGAAUCGCCCAGUUGAUUCUUGUUACAUGGUAGCUUUUACAAAAAAAAUUAGGUUAUGUUAGACUUAUAUAUUGGAUAGCCUCACCUCAAGAGUGUUUCAGAGGAAAAAUCAUGACCGUAUACUACUACAUAGCGAUGAUGACGAUCAAGAGGGUUAAGAAUUAAGAUACAAUGAAUUAUAGGGGAAAGACAAUUUUCAGGAUUGUUUGAACAAUUUAUAUUUGUGAAUUGUGGCAAUCUCUGUAAACAUUCUUUAUUACGCCUUCAUAUUUUUAACAUGGUCCAGUCCCACAAUUGUGUUAAUUGAAUGUUGCACCUUUUUAUUGUAUUAUUGCAGUCUUUUGUUUCA